AUGCUGCGGCCAGCACCGCUUGCGGCACUGGGCAGUCGGCAGGGCUUGCAGCGACCGUUCCGCAGGGCGACAGCGGCGAAAGCCGAUGGCGUUGGGCCAAAGGCGCUCAAUCCUCAUCCCGGGGCUUCCUGGCGCCUGGCAACAGUGGGACUGGCCAAGCAGGCAGGAAGAAGCUCCUCGUCCCGCGUGCGUUUGGCCUUCUUCGGUCGCCCACUGGAGCUCCAGGAGGAAGAGACGGAGGUGCCCUUGAACCCUCAAUGCGUGCGGCUUUGGAACGGCUCCGAGACGCAAUUGGAGGUGUUGGCCUUUCCAAAGGACACCAUGCCAUACAUCUUGGGUGGCGAUCGCCACCUUCUACAGCCCCAGAGCCACCUGGACCUAGCCGUGGGUCGCCGCUCCAGCAUGUGCCGCAUCGCCUUGCGCCGCCGUGAUGCAGCACAGAUGCUGCUGGUGCCCAAGGGCAACAAGGUCAAGGUGGAAGCGUUCGAUGAGGAGAGCCAGGAGGGCUUAGGACCCCUGGAAGUUCGAGUUGGCGAUUUGCACGUGUCCUUCGAAGAUGGCUCCUCGUUCGAGAUCUUUCCAGGGCCUUUGUUCUGGAGACUCUCUCGGAAUGUGGAAGAUGUCGAAUUCCAGGAAGCCUCUAUCCUCCAAAGCGCCGACGCUCGCGUGUGCUUCAAGGUCGUGCGGCAGAUGGGUUCGGACUGGCGUGGGCAUCCACUGGCGAGGGUCCGGGUGAUUUCGGCCGGGUUCCUGGGCACCAAGUACCUGCAUAAAGGCACCAUGUAUUUGGCCAAGAUCGUUCCCAUCCAAGCCAAAGAAGAGAUCAUCAAUGCGUUCAAACGGAUUACGGGCACCUUCGGCCAGCCCGAGCAGAUUCUGCAUUUCGAGGGCUAUGUGAAGACCGAAUCCGGUGCUCACAUGUUGCUUUUCGAGGAUUUUGGCGAGAGCUUAUCAAAGAUCAUGAGCUCUAGUAGCGAAACCCUGACAGCAGAGGACAACGACCAAUGUGCCGAAGACUUGCUGCGAGCCAUCACAGCGCUGCACCAACAAGGCAUUUACCACUUGGCCUUGUCCCCGGAAUCCGUCCGCCUUCGCCGCGAUGGAAUGGGUCGGAUGCGUUUGAAGUUGUCCGACCUCGGUGCCUUCGAGCGCCCCUCAGAGCCGAUCGCCUCACGCGCGGCCACGCAGCUAGGCUGGCGCAGCUACACUAGCCCAGAGAUCCGGCGCCGGAAGACGCUCCUGGACGUGGCGAAACGCGCCAGGAAACCGAAGAAAAAGGCACCGAAGGUGCAGGACAGCAAAAUCUUGGGCAAUUUGAAGACCCUGGAGAUUUUGCCAAGCCUGCGCCGAAGCCAAGUGAAGCAGAACUUCUCCAAGUCGGCCGUCUCCCGUGAGACGCGGAGGGAACUCUUGGCCGAGUUUGCGAUGUUUGCAGAGCUGGAUCAAUCAGAUCUGACGCACUUGGCUCGUGAGUUCCAGGGGCCUUUCUAUGUGCCGCCUGGCGCGAGCCUCUUCAAUGUCGGUGAGACCGGGGACUUUCUGUAUUUUCUCUUGGCAGGCGAGGUGGUUGCCCGACGUGGCAAGCGCGAGCUCCGGCGCUACCGCCGUGGCGGCUUCCUCGGUGAAGCAGCGCUUUUUGGGGCCAAGCCCACGCGGCGCAUCUUCUCCGCCAGCGUGGCCCGCGGCGGGCAGGGCUGUGCGUUGCUGCGCAUGCACCACACCUUCUUCCGCAGAGAUCUGAAGAAUCGCGGCCCAGUGACCUCGGUCGUUGGCCCCACACGAUGGCGAUAUCUGGAGCAGCCCAAUCUGGAGUUGCAGCCUGAAGAGGUGGAUGUGUUCGCUGCUGGGGCAGUUUGGUGUCAACUGGCAGCUGGCUCGAAAGUGGUGUCCUUCUUCAGGAUCAAGCGAGCCACGACCAUCGAGGACUUGUUGGACGCAGUGGCCACGAGUGACAUCGGGAGCUUCUACUUUCUGGUGCAGGAGUGGCGCGGUGUGGCUUUGAUCGAACUCAUGGUGCGUCGCGCCUCUGCCUACGAGGCCUUGGUUUGUUUGGAAGAAAAGGAGAAGCUCGACGUGGUGAAGAGCGAUGAGACUGAGACCCAGCAGGGCCUUCUCGGUUCCAUCAGCCAUACGGUCAGCGAUCUCCAGAAGGCUGCAGGCUCCGCCUUCGAGCUCACGCAGGACGCGGUGAGCGCUUCCGUGGCGGUGCGAAUGUCCAACAACGCCCGGCAGACGCUGCUGCAGCAGUGGGAGAAGCUGAGCAACAAGGCGACUGAGAGAUAUGGCCAAGCCAUUGGAGAGAUCUUUGGCGAUAUCUACGGAAAUCUCUUCGCGAAGGACAUGCUUUGGAUCUUUCGCAACCCGACACGGGCCCAACGUUUCCCAGUGCUGCUGGUCCGUGAUGCGGAGGACGGCAGUCUUUUGGCACGCUGGCAGAUCGGGGCUUCCAUGGUUUUCGAGAGUGAGCUUUGUGCUCGUACACUACCACGUGUGCUCCCAUCUGUGCGCCCAGCCCUGGCUGCUGGAUUUCAGAUUGGCUCGGCGGUGGGGCGGAACCGGGCGAUCAACUUCAAGCGGCUUUGGAUCGACGCCUUCUUGGGUUCUUUCGUCAAGCAGCUUUGGACCUUGACCCGCAUGCGCGCCAAGCGCUUGGUGCGGCGCCGGGUGAAGUGGGAUGCCUUCGGAAGCGCGCUGAAGGAGUCGGUGAUCCAGGGGCAAACGGCACGGAAUUUGGUCCUGACCAAGUUUGGCCGCCUGCCCACCAAGUAUGAUCAGAAUGACCCCCAGGUACUGCGGUUGUUGCCCUCGAAGUGGGUCCCGGAGAUUGGCUUGCCCUUGGCCAGUGGCGUCGGCCGUGGCUUCAUGACCAAGUGGUGGAAGGGCUUUCGAUCGGGAUUGAGAAGACGAUACGUGAGGCCCCGCUUCGAGACCUGGGAUUUGGAGGAUGUGCCGCAGGUGAUACUGGACUUUGCUCGGCAACAGGGCGCCGAGCAGGCCAACCUUGUUGCCUCCUCAGUGGGCGACACCAUGGCGCGCGACUGGGGUUACUGGACCGGCCACUCCAUAGGUGUUGUUUCGGGCUUGAUCCUUUGCAUGGUGGGGGGCUCCAAGUCGCUAAAGGACGAUCGUGGCAUGGUCAUCGCGGAUGGCCAUUUGGAGGAGGACCGUGAGUUGCUGGCCUUGCAGCAGUACAUGGGAGAUGCUUGGGUCAGCAUAUUGGAUUUGAUAUGGGCUUAUGGUGGCAAAGAGAGUUGGAUAUGUCGUAGGCAGCAACAUUUUGGAGCGGAAUCUUGGAAAGGCACCGACUUUUCCAUGGACUCCAAGAAGGAUCGCUGGAAGACUAUUGUCAAGCUCCCUGUUGGCUGGGAAGGCCUCUCAUUGAAGAGCCAUGAGGGACGAUUGCUGGUCUCAGAAGUGCCGAAGGCCUGCUUCUCUUCUAAAAACUUCGAAAGCUCUGGUGCCCAGCCGCAGGUGGCGGGCGUCUUCGAGGGCGAUGAGAUCGUGCUGGUGAACGGCGAGCCCGCUGCGAGCGUGGAGCAGAAGAUCCUGGCGGCAGGACUUCCAUGGAAGUCGAUUGCUGUCCUAGCACUGCUGAUGGUGGCAAGCGUGAUUUUGCGAUGCUCCGGCUGGUGCCCUGCAUGUCUCACCACAGGUGCUCCGGGGCGAAUGCUUUUGGUGGCGAACCUGCUGAUGACUUUCAUUUUGCUGGUGCCGCAGGGUAUUCCAGCUGAACUCAUGCUGCUGUUCAUUGGUGCUGUUUGCAGUCUUGCGGGCAUCCUGACCAGCAAGGAACUUUUCCAGGGAUGUGCAUCAGAUGCAGUCGUCACCUUGGCACUGCUGUUUCCGAUCAUGAAAGCUAUGGGGGACACGGGCGUUCCAGAACGCUUCAUCGGCUGCAUGCUGGGCUCAGCCAAGGGCCCCUACUCGUUGAUCAUACGCAUGUUCUUCUCUGUGGCCAUUCUCUCGGGUGUGUUCAACAACACUCCGAUUGUGGUGAUGAUGAUCCCCCUGCUGCAGUCCUUGUGCCUCCGACAGGGUGUGCCCAGCCCGGCGGUGCUGAUGCCCCUCUCCUUUGCUGCUCAGGCGGGUGGGAGCUUGACCAAGAUGGGUUCUUCGAUUAACUUCGUGGCUGAUGAGGUCUUUCGGGCCAACGGCUACGGCAUUGGCUUCUUUACCUUGACCCUGGGCUGCAUCUUCAUAUGUCUCCUUGGUGGCGCGUACUGCGCGAUGAUGGGACCGAAAGUCCUCAUGCCGGUGUCGGAUGCCGUGGAGUCUUCUGCGUCAAGGGGUGGGACAAACCUUUUUAAGGUGGCCUUUUGCCCCAGUGAGGACGGACCCUUGGUGGGUCAAAGCCUGGAAGACUUGGGCCUCCACCGCAUCCCUGGCGUCGAGGAGAUCACCCUGCAUCGCUGGCACGACGUGGAACUGGUGGAAGCUGGCGUCGUUGACAGCAACGCCACGGCGCAGAGCUUGCAGCUGGAGGACUCGCUCUAUGCUCGAUGCAGCGCCGAGGGUGUGGCGCAGCUGCGACGCGUGAGGGGCUUGGAGCUUUGCAACGAUGAUGAGUUGAACUUGUUGGGUUCCAAACGUCGCCAGCGCUGCCUUUGUGAAGCUGCUGUCAAGGAGACGCUCCACGGUCAGCGGGUGAGCUUGCGGCGCUUCAAGCGCGAGCUCCGCUGCGCUGUGGUCGCCGUGCGCAGUGGCGCCGAGAGCGUCGAGUCGGAGUGGCGCGAGGGCUUUGAGGGCUAUGAGAUUCAAUAUGGAGAUGUCCUUUUGAUUGAAGCUUUUCAGGAGAUGUUUGGUUCGGAGCCCUGGCUGGAGCACUUCAGCGUCACGCGCCGGGUGCCCGAUUCCGAGCCGCCGCGAAGGGGCACUAAGGCGGACGACUUGCGCGCCAUCUUCAUCGUCGUGGGCCUGCUGAUCAUGAUCAUCAUCGCCUCUGGUGGCAAACGGGCGCCGAGCCUUCCAUUGAUGGCAGUGAUUUUCCUUUGCGGCAUCAUCGCGGUGAAGGGCCUCAGCCUGCCGGAGGCGUACCAAGAGGUCAAUGGCCCAGUCCUCCUGACCAUCGUCGGCGCCUUGGCCUUGGGCCGCGCCAUGGAGCUCAGUGGCUUGGCCAACUGCCUGGCCACCGCCCUGGUCGCUCUCACGCGCCCCUUAGGCGCCGGAGCCGUGAAGCUAGGGAUCUAUUUGGCGACGGUGGGCUUGGGGCAAUUUCUGAACUCUGCAGCGAAUGUGGCCAUCAUGGGGAAGAUUGCCAUCCCCAUCGCCCACAGCAUGGAGAUCGCCGUGGGGGAGAUGGCGCUGGUGGUGACCUACGCGGCCUCCGCUUGUUACACCGCACCCUAUGGUUAUCAGACCAACACACUGGUCCUACGAGCAGGUGGAUAUGUUUGGGGAGACUUCGUGAAGUUUGGUGGCAUCCUACAAUUGCUUCAUAUGCUACUGGUGGUGUCGAUGGCUGGAUGGUGGGCAAAGUUCUCGCCUUGA